AAUGGGCGUCGCGACGCCAGCCUCAUUCGCCGUCUGCGUCGUUGUACAUUUCAUUUUCAUUUCUCUAUAACGCAUUAUCGUAUACAGUCAGUGUUUUCGAAAUUCAACGACCUCGUGGUUCGUCACAUAUUCCUAAUGUUUAUCGUCAUGAUCAUCCACGAAAAUUAUCCAGAGAAAUAUAUAUCUUUCACGUAAAUUAGGCCCUUCGAAGUACCCCGAUAAUAUUAGACGAAGCGAACGAGACAUAAAUUGGACUUGUGCAAUUGGAUCGUAUCCGUAUUAAUCGUAAACACGGAAAACGUAAGUGAUGAGAAAAUCAAAAAUGGAGGGUCCAAGUUUAGGAUAUUCUUAUCAUCUUCCAUCAGCUGGAUGGAAUCUCAAGGUCAGAAAUGCUCUGUCCCAAUUCAGUGACCUAUUUAGUGAAUUUAAUAAAUACAUCGCUCCAGCUUAUCAUCACGAUCGUUGCGAAAGAUCUGUUCAGAUGCGACUUUAUUCAAUGCACAAAAGGGAAUUCGUCAUGGUUUUCAUGGGAUUCUUCGCCUGUUUUGGAUUGGCCGUAUUUAUAGGUCUCGCAGGUCCUCCUAUCACUACCACCACUGAACAAAAAGCACAUUUGAAUGGAAGUGAAAUGGCUACAGGUCCUUUCAUCAUGAAAACUCCAGCACUAUCAACAUAUAGUCAACAAUUGUGGGUCAUUGCUAAACUCUCCACAUCAAAUAACGACGAUGAGAAGUACGAUAAGAGUUUCCAAGUAAGCGUUUCCAUUGAUGGUAUCACUCCAGAUCAUAAGCCUGUAUCAGUUCUGGCUCCAGAAGCUGGACAUAAUAGAACGAGGCAUCUCAAGUGUGAGAGACAAACAUGUGAAGAGUUCGUUGUGGUCCAUCUUGGAUUCUUGGAUUUUACAUACUACAUCAUUACCGUGCGUUUUUACGGUCUUGAGAGUUUUCAUCAACGAUACAACAUACGAGAUCUUACGUUCUACUUUAAGAAUUACAACCCGGCAUUUACGCAAAUAGAAAUCUGGUUUAGACUGAUAUUUCUACUGGCUACGUUUAUAGUGACGUGCUGGUUUGGUCAUUCCUUAAGAAAGUAUCCGAUACACGACUGGUCCAUAGAACAGAAAUGGCUGUCAAUUCUUCUGCCAUUACUGAUCCUAUAUAACAAUCCACUGUUUCCUAUGACAUUCCUCGUAAAUUCCUGGAUGCCUGGGAUGCUGGAUGCUGUCUUACAGACUACGUUUCUUUGUGGAAUUCUUAUGUUCUGGCUUUGUGUCUAUCACGGUCUUCGCCAGAAUGAGAGACGUCUAGUAACAUUUUAUCUACCUAAAUUAUUGGUAGUGGGUUUAUUAUGGGGUGCAGCAUUAACACUAGCAACAUGGCUCCGGUGCACAGAACUUGAAGAUCCAACAUAUAAUUAUGUUCUGGACACAUCAAACUAUUACGGUUUCAAAGUGUUUUUCUUUACGGUCGGUGGGAUUUACAUCGCUUAUCUUCUUCUACUUAUACUGAGAGCCUAUAGUGAACUACGUUCAAUGCCAUAUUUUGAUCUACGACUGCGAUUCCUUACAUUACUGGCUGGAAUAGUAGCAGGAGUCUGCACUCUGGUGACUGCACGUCAAUUUGGCGCAGGUGUCUUGGAGGAUAGUUUUGCUUCACGUUUAUCUACGUAUUAUCGUACCUCAGCUCAAUUCAUGGCUCUCUAUGGAUUACUUAAUUUUUAUCUGUACACGAUGGCUUACGUGUAUGCGCCAGCGCUCGAGCAAGUUUACGGUCAGCAUUCCUCGAUAACGAAGGACAAUCCUGCAUUUUCGAUGAUAAACGACUCGGACGAAGAUGUGAUUUAUGGAUCGGACGAAGAAAGCCGUCGACCUCUGACUCGCGCGCCGCGAAACACAGAUGACAGCGAUUAAGAAUUCUGAAACAUCUUUUAGCUUGAUUAAUGGCCUGAAGAGUUGCCAUUUCUUGUUGAUAAAUGUUGUUUCUCCGGCGAUUCUUCGUUUGGAAUUGUUCUUGGAUAUAAAGAGCCUGCCGGAUAAUCUGCAACGCGCGAGGAUACGGAUAUAUGAGUGUAAUUGUGUAUGGAUAGAGAAUAUUUUAAUUUUCUUCUUUCAGCUUCAUGUAAAUACAUUAUUAG